GAACCUCUAUACCCUAGAGACACAAUGAGUUAACACCACCAAUAGGAGCUAGCCCUUCAGCUCUGUGCCUGUCUUCAAUCCAGCUAGAAUAAGUCUCCUUAUAUGCUCGGCCCUCCCCUGGAAUCUAAAGUCUCCUCAGCUUUCUGAGUCAGUCUGAGAGGGACAGACUGAACUGCUGUAUGGGCUCUGCUGCCAGUGUGACCUCACCCUCUCCCGUCCCCCCUCCUCAAUGCCAGCUAUGAGUUCCUGCAACUUCACACAUGCCUCCUUUGUGCUUAUUGGUAUCCCAGGACUAGAGGAAGCCCAUUUCUGGAUCGGCUUCCCCCUGCUUUCAAUGUAUGCUGUAGCGGUGUUUGGAAACUCCAUCAUGGUUUUUAUCGUAAGGAUGGAACGCAACCUGCAUGCUCCUAUGUACCUCUUUCUCUGCAUGCUGGCAGCCAUUGACCUGGCCUUAUCCACAGCCACCAUGCCCAAGAUCCUCGCCUUUUUCUGGUUUGACUCCAAAGAGAUUAGCUUUGAGGCCUGUAUUGCCCAAAUGUUCUUUAUUCAUGCCCUCUCAGCCAUUGAAUCCACCAUCCUGCUGGCCAUGGCCUUUGACCGUUAUGUGGCCAUCUGCCACCCACUGCGCCAUGCUGCAGUGCUCAACAAUACAGUAACAGCCCAGAUUGGUAUGGUGGCCGUGGUCCGUGGAUCCCUGUUUUUUUUCCCACUGCCUCUGCUCAUCAAGCGGCUGGCCUUCUGCCACUCCAACGUGCUCUCACACUCUUAUUGUCUGCACCAGGAUGUGAUGAAUUUGGCCCACGCAGACACGUUGCCCAAUGUGGUCUACGGUCUUACAGCCAUUCUGCUGGUCAUGGGCGUGGAUAUCAUGUUCAUCUCCUUGUCCUAUUUUCUAAUAAUACGAACAGUUCUGCAACUACCUUCCAAGUCAGAGCGGGCCAAAGCCUUUGGGACCUGUGUGUCACACAUCAGUGUAGUACUGGCCUUUUACGUGCCACUCAUUGGCCUCUCAGUGGUGCACCGCUUUGGAAACAGCCUAGAUCCCAUUGUACAAGUUCUCAUGGGUGAUAUCUACCUGCUGCUGCCUCCUGUGAUCAAUCCCAUCAUCUAUGGUGCCAAAACCAAACAGAUCAGAACACGGGUGCUGGCGAUGUUCAAGAUUAACUGUGACAAGGACCUUCAGGCUGUGGCAGGUAAGAGAUCCUUACCACUCCAUUUCUCCUUAUACUUACUGACUUGAUAGACAUAAUUACUUCCUAACACUAGCUUAAUUCCAGUUACCCAUAAGUACACCAGUGCCUUCAUCUUCCUGGUAUAGUAAACUAAAGUACAGUACCUUAACUUCAUGGAAUAUUGUGUGGAAUAAAAUAUUUUAAUGGAGCAUUAUUUGGUUUAAA